CCCAUUUCACCAUGGCUUCUCUUCAUAGAAAGCAAGCUAACCAUGCCUGCUUUCUUCUUCUUCUUCUUCUUUUCCUCUUUAUCUCUCUCCCAUCUCUCACUCUCUCUGUCUCCCAAGCCGAAGUUUCAUAUAUUACUCAACGUCAACUAUUGACUCUAAAAGAACACGAUCAACUCCCCGAUGACUUCAAAUAUGAACUUGACAUUCCUGACACUUUUCCAAAUGAGAGGUUGAAGAAAGCUUAUGUAGCUCUUCAAGCGUGGAAAUUAGCUGUUUAUUCCGACCCAAAAAACAUGACCGUCAAUUGGGUUGGCGCCAAUGUUUGUUCUUACAACGGUGUCUUCUGUGCUCCAGCGCUUGAUGACCCAAAAAUUGAGGUUGUGGCUGGCAUUGAUUUGAAUGACGGUGACAUUGCAGGGUACUUGCCUCCGGAACUCGGGCUUUUGACCGAUUUGGCUCUCUUCCAUAUUAACUCUAACAGGUUUUGUGGGAUCAUUCCUUCUAGUUUCUCAAAGCUUGUACUUAUGUUUGAGUUUGAUGUCAGCAACAACCGCUUCGUUGGUCACUUUCCACUUGUUGUCCUCGAAUGGUCGAGUGCGAAGUACCUCGAUCUCAGGUACAAUGACUUCGAAGGAGAAAUCCCCUCCACACUUUUCACCAACGAGUUUGACGCCAUCUUCUUGAACAACAAUAGAUUCAAUUCUUUAAUUCCUGAAACCAUUGGAAACUCCACCGUCUCUGUUGUCUCCUUCGCCAACAACGAAUUCCAUGGCUGCAUUCCUAGCACCAUUGGCCAAAUGUCUAACCUCAACCAAAUUCUCUUCAUCGGUAACAAGCUCAGUGGUUGUUUUCCACCUGAGAUCGGAAACCUCGUCAAUCUCACAGUCUUUGAUGUUAGCAACAAUGGCUUCAUAGGCCAAUUGCCAGAAUCAUUGUCUGGCCUCCAAAAUUUGGAGAUUAUGGACGUUAGCAACAACGAACUGAGGGGCUCUGUCUCUGGUGAUCUUUGCAAGUUGCCUAAAUUGGCUAACUUCACUUUCUCCUUUAAUUACUUUGAUGGAGAAGAUGCGGCAUGUGCUACAUCUAAAGGAUCAGAGAAGCUCUUUGACGAUAGUCAAAAUUGUUUGGCAAAUCGACCUAUGCAGAAAGAUGCAAACAAAUGUAGCACUGUCUUGAAGAAAUCAGUGGACUGUGGAAAUUGUGGUGGUGGGUCGAGUUCUCCUGGUGUGCCGUCGACCUUUGAGGAUCCAUACGAUCAGUCUCCAUCGCCAAGAUAUAGGUCUCCACCACCUCCAGUUGUGACUCCACCAUCUCCAAGUGAGACCUCUGUUCCAUCGUCGCCAUCUAUCACUGAAACACCUACUUCAUCUCCAGCUGAAUCUCCCCUACCACCAGUCUAUUCCCCUCCUCCACCACCGGUUCAUUCCCCACCACCCCCGUACUCUCCUCCACCCCCUGUUCAUUCACCACCACCCCCGAUCUCCUCACCUCCACCUCCUGUUCACUCACCACCACCACCAGUUCACUCUCCACCUCCACCGAUUUACUCCCCACCACCCCCUGUCUACUCUCCACCACCUCCUGUCCACUCCCCACCACCACCGGUUCACUCUCCACCACCCCCCGUCCACUCUCCACCACCCCCUGUCUACUCUCCACCACCACCAGUCUAUUCUCCACCACCACCUGUCUACUCUCCUCCACCUCCACCUGUUUACUCCCCACCGCCACCAGUUCAAUCUCCACCACCUCCGAUUGCAUCUCCUCCUCCUCCCGAUUCUUCACCACCACCGUCAUUUGAAGAUGUGAUUCUCCCACCAAAUAUUGGCUUCGAAUAUGCAUCACCGCCUCCACCGUUGUUUCCCGGUUAUUGAGGAGUCUCAUCUCAAAUAAUCUAAAGUUUUAUCGAGAGCCGUUAGUUUUAUCACUACAUCAUGUUCGAUUGUAACCCUAUUUACUCUUUCAUCAAAAUUCAAAAUAUCAUUUCUUUGUCGAAUACAUUUGACACCUUAAAUUUUUCUCAUUAGUGUAGCUUCGAUCUUCUUUACUGAAAUGAAGAGAUAAUUUUUA